GCUAAGCCAAUCACAGAGCGGAGGCUCGGUCAGAUGACGGGUUGUGUUGUGACGUAGGAAGCUGUUGUCAAAAUGGCAGGACAUGAACAUCACCAUCACCACUUCUCUCUGUGUUUCUGCGACUUGAUGAGGUUGCUGUGGCCCCUGGUGAUGCCCUGCGUCUACCUCAGCCUGGCCCUGACCCUGCUGCUGCUGCUGGCCCUGCUGGGGCUCCGCAUGUGGCUGCAGGGUCGCCGCACGUCCCGCCGCGCUCAGGAGGGCGGCCCGGCGGUGGCUUUCUUCCACCCGUACUGCAACGCCGGCGGAGGCGGGGAGCGGGUGCUCUGGUGCUCCCUGAGGGCCCUCAUGAACCGAGACCCCAACGUUUCAUUUGUGGUGUACACGGGGGAUAAGGGAGUGACUGGUGAGCAGAUUCUGGAGGGAGCGCGGCAGCGUUUCAACAUAAUGCUGCCUCGACCCGUCAACUUCGUCUUCCUGCGGCACCGUGGGCUGGUGGAGGCCGGUUCUUACCCUCACUUCACCCUGCUGGGCCAGAGUCUGGGCUCCAUGUUCCUUGGGUGGGAAGCACUCACAGCUUUUGUUCCCGACCUGUACGUGGACUCGAUGGGCUACGCCUUCACACUUCCGAUCUUCCGCUACUUGGGAGGCUGCAAGGUGGCGAGCUAUGUUCACUAUCCAACCGUCAGCACGGACAUGUUGUCUGUGGUCCGAGAGAGGAACCCCAGGUUCAAUAAUGCAGACUUCAUCUCCAGAAACCCUGUGCUGAGCGCGCUGAAGGUGGUGUACUACUGCUGCUUCGCUCUACUCUAUGGCCUGGCCGGCUCCUGCAGCGAUGUUGUCAUGGUGAACUCCACCUGGACGCUGGGGCACAUCCUGGCUCUGUGGCGCGCACCCAGCCGCACCAGCAUAGUCUACCCGCCCUGCGAUGUCGGGGCCUUUCUGGACAUACCACUGGAGGGGGAGGAUGAAGAUGAGCUGGAGGAGGGCUGGGAGGAGCUGGGACGGGAGCUGGGGAGUGAAGAGGAAGGUAGAGGAGGGGUAGACACGAAGUGCCACUCCAUCGUGUCGGUGGGUCAGUUCAGGCCAGAGAAGGACCACCCGCUGCAAAUUAGAGCAUUUCGCAAACUGCUAGACAGGAAGGGCGACGGUCCCGGGGGGAGGGAGACACUGCGGCUGGUGCUGAUAGGUGGCUGCAGGAAUCAGGAAGACGAGGACAGGGUGCUGAUGCUGCGGGGACUCUGUCAGGAGCUUGGCGUCUCAGACCGCGUUGACUUCAGACUCAACGUUCCGUUUGAGGAGCUGAAGAGGGAGCUGGUGAACGCUACCAUCGGGCUGCACACUAUGUGGAAUGAACACUUUGGCAUUGGUGUUGUGGAGUGCAUGGCUGCAGGCACCAUCGUUCUCGCCCACAAGUCAGGAGGUCCGAAGCUGGACAUCGUGGUGCCGCACGAGGGCAGACAGACGGGCUUCCUGGCGGACAGCGAGGACAGUUACGCUGCAGCCAUGGAAACCAUCCUGGCGCUGUCGCCUUCGGCUAAACUGGAGAUAAAGCGCGCAGCCCGGGAAUCCGUGGGACGAUUUUCAGACCAGGAGUUUGAAGCCUGUUUCCUCGCUGCCACAGAGUGUCUGCUGAACUAACGAUGAGGAGGAACAGAGGAGACCUGGUGUCCACCAGGGACCAGAAAUGCAUUUCAGAGCUGUUGUUUUUAUUAUCUGUGCAGAAAACUAGCAGGCCUGAAUUUUAUGCAGCGCGAUAGAGAAGGAGCUCAGGAGAGGAAGGAUGCACUGAAUGAUGGCACAGAUCUAAGUCACUUUCUUUCUGCUUUCUUUUUAAAGGCCAUGGUAGAACGCUGGACUCUUUCAUAGCUUUACUACUUCAUGUUUUGUCAUUUACUUUAAUGUCACUGAAUGUGUCUGACCAGUGAAUUGCCUGGUUAAAACAAACUAAGCUUAGAGUUAAAGUGUAACAUGAUGCAUCAUUAUUAGUUUAGUUACCAGGAAACAAGAAAAAUGAGUCAAAUUUCUCUUUGUUUACCAGAAUUCCAGCUUAAAAACAGUGUCCACUCUGCGCAGACUGAGAAAAAACUCAGAACAUUCCCAAGGACUUUAACUCAUAUUAAAAAGCCCAUGUAGUUUGUAUAAAAACCAUUGUGUUCUAUAUUAAACGGGCUGGUAUGAGGAUAUGGAUUUCCUGAACAGAGUAAAAAAUAGUCCAGGUUUCAGGAAACUAUGCUUGAGGAAAAGGAAUCUGCAGGAAAUGUGAAAUAAAAUGACUUUUACGUCAAAAGAGGAUCAUCAAAGGCUUUUGUUGCAUAUAUUUGAUAUUUGAUUCAAAAAUGUAAAACUUCAUUUUUUGUGGUGGGGUAAUAGAUCAGUCAUCUGGUUCUUACACAUGCCUGACUUCAGGAUGUAGAUUAAUCAAAUUUUGAUUCAUGCAGUGAGCAUGUAGUUGCUUUCACUGGCUCUGUUUAAACUAAGCUGGACUUAGUGCAUCUCUGCACUGGAGAUAAAACUGACAUUUAAAUACUCAGUCCUCCUAAAACCUGCUCUUCUUAAGAGUUUAAUCGCAAAAAUAACAUUUUUGAGUUUCAUUGUAGUCUGUAUAAGAUUUUGAAGAAGAUUUGUUAUUCUGAUGAUGUCACUACUCAGUGUCCUCUAAAUCUGAAACAGGCAUUUAAACAUUUUCUGUCAGUGGAGGUUUAGUUAAAUGAGGCUUUUUGGUUUGCUGCUUUGUGUAAUUUCUGUAGUUGUAUUUAACAUGAAGGUAUAGUUGAGGUGCUGGCCAAAUCUAUCUUGUCUGAAUGUUUAUUUUCUCCUCUUGCAUUCCUGCUUUUGAUGAGGUCCAAGCAUGAUAAUAUAAUAAAAGGUAUGAUAUAAUCAAACCCUUAUUUUCAAACUGGCAUUAAUACUAUUUAAUGUAUAGAAGAUCUUUAAAUUCUUGAAGAAAUGGAAAUUAUACCUGAAUAAUACUGCAAUAAAGCAAACAAUAAAUCAUA